AUGUUCAAGCUUUCACGAGCUCCGCCCUUUGCGGCUGUGCUGAGGGCCGCAUCCGGGAGUCCUCUGCGGAGCUCGCUACAGAAACAGCAGCGGAACCUUUCGAUACAUGAAUACCUGUCUGCGAAUUUGCUCAAUUCAUAUGGUGUGGGUGUCCCUGCUGGUAAAGUCGCCCGGUCAGCUGAAGAGGCCGAGGCCGUUGCAAAAGAGAUAGGUGGUGAUGACAUGGUCAUCAAAGCCCAAGUCCUUGCGGGCGGCAGAGGGAAAGGUUAUUUUGACAAUGGACUCAAAGGUGGUGUGAGGGUCAUCUAUUCAGCAGCAGAGGCCAAGAUGUUCGCUGGGCAAAUGAUCGGUCACAAAUUGAUAACGAAGCAGACCGGAGAACGCGGACGUCUGUGCAAUGCAGUUUACAUUUGUGAGCGGAAAUUUGCCCGGCGAGAAUUCUACCUCGCAAUCUUGAUGGAUCGCGCAUCACAAGCACCAGUCAUAGUAGCUUCAUCACAAGGAGGAAUGGAUAUUGAGACUGUGGCAAAAGAGACUCCUGAAGCUAUCGUUACCACCAACAUCGAUAUCAACCAGGGCGUCACCGACGAGAUUGCCAGAAACAUUGCAACAGAACUUGGCUUCUCGGAACAGUGCAUUGAAGACGCUAAGACGGCCAUACAAAACCUUUACAAGGUGUUCAUGGAAAAGGACGCCACCCAGAUUGAAAUCAAUCCGCUUUCAGAGACCAGCGAUCAUCAGGUCCUCGCAAUGGAUGCUAAGCUGACUUUCGAUGAUAAUGCAGAGUUCAGACAGAAAGAGGUCUUCUCGUGGAGGGAUACGACUCAAGAGGACGCCGAUGAGGUCAGGGCUGCCGAACAUGGUCUCAACUUCAUCAAAUUGGAUGGCGAUAUUGGCUGUCUUGUCAACGGUGCUGGUCUCGCCAUGGCAACCAUGGACAUUAUCAAGCUUAACGGCGGCUCACCAGCAAAUUUCCUCGAUGUUGGUGGAGGUGCGACUGCCGAGGCGAUUCGGUCUGCCUUUGACCUCAUUACCAGCGAUCCCAAAGUUACGGCUAUCUUCGUCAACAUUUUUGGCGGCAUAGUCCGAUGCGAUGCCAUUGCGCAAGGCUUGAUCAAUGUUGUCCAGCAGAUGAACCUACGGACUCCAAUUGUUUGCCGGUUACAAGGUACAAAUAUGGAAAAGGCCCAUGAGCUGGUCAACAAUUCCGGCUUGAAGAUCUUUUCAAUCGAGGACUUGCAAAAUGCGGCAGAGAAAUCUGUGCAAUUCUCAAAAUUGGUAAAGAUGGGAAGAGAGAUUGAUGUUGGUGUGGAAUUCAAUCUGGGCAUUUAG